AGCUGCUGCCGCUGUCCCCGGCGCUGUCGCCGCCUCCUGCCCGCCUGUUCGUUCCCGCACGGCCGCGGCUGUGGCGGUCCCGAGCUCAAUGGCACCCCGAAAGAAGUUAAAGGGUCUCGUAGCUGCUACCAUCACUCCAAUGACUCCGGAUGGAAAAAUUAACCUCCCAGUGAUUCGUCAGUACGUGGAUUAUCUGGUAAAUGAGCAGAAUGUGAAGAACAUUUUUGUGAAUGGCACAACAGGAGAAGGCCUAUCCCUUAGCAUCCAGGAGAGGAAGCAGUUGGCAGAAGAAUGGAUGUGCCAGGGAAAAGACAAAUUGGACCACGUGAUCAUUCAUGUGGGAGCACUGAAUCUGCCAGAGUGCCAAGAGCUGGCAAGACAUGCAGCAGCCAUAGGUGCUGAUGGCAUUGCUGUCAUAGCCCCCUUCUUCUUCAAACCCACAAACAAAGAUGAGCUGAUUGCUUUCAUGCAGAAGGUUGCAUCUGAAGCCCCUGAGGUGCCAUUUUAUUACUAUCACAUUCCUCCUCUAACAGGUGUGAAGAUUCGUGUGGAAGAGUUGCUGGAUGGGAUAAAAGCACAGAUCCCCACCUUCCAGGGUGUGAAGUUCAGUGACACAGACCUCUUGGACCUGGCACAGUGCAUACACAAGAAUGAAACAGGGGAGUUUGAAUUUCUUUAUGGGGUGGAUGAGCAACUGUUGGGUGCACUGGCACUAGGGGCAAAUGGAGCAGUUGGAAGUACAUACAACUACUUAGGCCGACAGACCAAUCUGAUGUUGCAAGCCUUUGCAAAGCCAGACCUUGCCUUGGCACAGCAGUAUCAGUUUCUCACUGGGGAAUUUCUCAACUUUGUCAUCAAGCUGGGUUUUGGUGUUGCACAGACUAAAGCUGUGAUGACCUCUGUUUCUGGCAUUCCCAUGGGACCUCCACGGCUUCCUCUUGUUGCUGCCUCCAGUGAGUUCAUCAUCAAGGCCAAAGCCAAGCUGGACAGCAUUGCGUGGCCUAAUGGUGACUGACCAUGGAGUCAUGGGGUCUUUACACUGAGAAGGACCUCUAGGAUCAUCAGGCCCAACCAUUAACCUGACACUCCUGAGUCCAACACUGAGCCACAUCCUCAAGUGCCACAUGUAUGAUGUUGUUCACUUCCAUGUCCAUCUGGAGGUUUCUUUUCUGGGAUUAUCUGUCAUGUGACACAUCCCCCACAUGAUGGGCAGGAUUUCUUUCAGGGAACUGGCACUGUGCCCAAGCCCCUUCCUGUUAGGGCUGGCUUUGCUGGGGCACGUGGCCUGACAUUUUACACUGCUCCCCUGGAGCUUUGCAUGUUCCAGGACUGACUGGGAUUGUUUAAUAAAAAAAGCAAAUAUUUCCCACUUGGAGGAGAGGGCUGAUGACUUUUGCCUAGAAAGGAGGAAGAUCUGUCUUGACCCCCUCUCAGCUGUGUUUUGUUCUCUCCAUGAGGACACUACAUUGUGGGUUUAAACAGCAGUGUGACACCAUCAUUGCUCAGGCUGGUAUCUGUUCAACAGAGUCACUGGGACACUGUCUGUGCAUGUAAAAUCCUGCUUCUGUCUGAUCUCUGUGUUUAUACACCUUAAUGCAAAAUUAAAAAGAGAAACCCCUUUUGUAA